UUCACCACAAUGUGUUACUGACAUGGCGGAAGGUUGUGAAGACACUGACAACAAUAGUGGUAAUCGUAACGCCGAUAACGCUCCUACCAUGUUGGGCACCGUUCUGCCCUGUGAAGCUGCUAUAACCGCCUCCUUGGGUGUAUCCGGUGGUGGCGUAAUGAAAAGAGAAUUUGUCGAUGCCACCAGCGUUCUAGGCGCCCAUCUCACAGCCAGUGUUAGUUUGGCCAGUCCCACGGCGCCCAUGAUGUCGCCCAGCACAAUGUCGAAUAAUAAUAACAGCAACAACAACAACAGUAAUGGACUACUGAAUCCCAUGUCAGCAACAGUAACUUCAUCAACAAUAACAACAUCAUCCGCAACAACAACAAUACCACCACCCGCCGCAGCAGCAGCUAAAACCAAUGCUUCAACAAAUAACGGUUUAACACCCUUAGUUUGUAGCACAACUUUAUCUUCCUCCUCCUCGUCAUCAUCAUCAUCGUCCUCUUCCUCUUCGUCGAAUUCAUCGCUCUCAUCGGCCUCCUCCUCAUCUUUGAACUCCACAACAACGGCAUCCUCAUCGACAACAGCGGCCAUUGCAAAUACUUCGAACACCAAUAAAUCACCCUCCUCGUCGCCCUACUCAAGUGCCGCUGUGGCAUCGUUGAGUGGUAUUUCACCACAGUCGCCAGGACGUGGCGGCGGUACACCGGGUCCAAACAGUAAUGCCAGUUGUGGUUUUGCAGCACCCACUUCGACGACGCCGACCACAAUGGCCCCUGUGCCGGUGGUGGGAUCCUCCAGCAGCACACCACCACCAGCGCCACUGCACUUGGCAUUGAAUAUCAAAACAGAAGCGGUAAGUCUAUUACGAUAUCGUGUGAAAAUAUAUUGAAGGUAAUGUAGUUUCGAUAUCAAGUGUGGCAUUGAAAAAAAAUGGGAA